ACAGCUCAAACUUCAAAAUAUUUUCCAAGUAUUUAUUAAAUUUAAACGCCUGUGAAACUAGCAAAUAAUAACAGGAGUGACUCAGGUAAAAAGGAGAUUAAACGCCAUUCCCAGAAGAUAAUAAAUAGUGGCAAGCAUAUGAUGAAGUACUGAAAAAUGGUGUCAAACAAAACUCGUCCAUGCAGGCAAUGUAAGCAACAGCUAAGUCCCAGCCAAGGCAGCUAAGUGUCAUGUAACAAUCUCUGUUGCAAAAUGACGCGCAUUGAGACAGGGCGGGGUUUUUUUUGAGUGUUUAACAAUACCCAAAAAGAAAAGGACUGUCAGAAUUCAGCACCUUCAGAGAAAAACACUGCAACCAAAUUAACACUAAUAAUAAUAUAAUAAUUAAAAAAACCUUCUCCAAUCACCCAUAGGCCAUAGCUAUAUUCAGAGCAAAACUGUUACAACUGGAGAGGGUGCAAAAAGCAUGACACAUGCCAGCCUUGAGUUUCUUCAUUGAUGUGAGAAAAGAGAGUUGUUCUUCUUUACUGGUCAGAAGAGCUUUAUUCAUUUUGAUUUUCUUCGAAUUAAAACUACUUUUCUUUUCUUUUGUUUGCUGUAAUUAGCGGAAAAAUUAAUAAUGACUUUGUUAAAGGUGACGGUGGAGAUGCUUUUAUCAGGCACUACAAGGCUUUAUCUUUACGUGAUUGAAGAAAAAGAGACUGUAUAUAGACCCAUGAUAAAAAAAAUUAAAAUAAAUGUUAGAAAAUAAAAAAGAAAUCAAUGCAAAGAGAGAUUCCUUUGGAUUACACACCAGAGGAAUUUUUCUCCUUUUUUCCUCCUCACACUUCAUCGUUCUCACCGUCUCUCACUCUCUUUAUGAUUCUCUUUCCCCAAGUAGGUCUCGUUUCAUCGGUGUAAAAACAAUACCUUUGGCCUAAGCUUACCCCCCCCCCCCCCCCCAAUUGAAUACUUAAUUACUUCUGGCAUUUCUUUUUUGUGUUAUGACGCCUUUUUUUUUCAGAGAAAAGAGUGGUAGACUUCUUUCACUGUUAAUGCUUAUCUUCUCGUAACUCCUUUUUCUUGUUCUUUUUCUCUGUCAUUUCAGUGUGGUUUGACACCACCUUUCUUGGUUUCUCACAGUUAAUACAACUUCCAAAGCAGGGGAUUUUAGCUUUUCACUUGGCUCUUUGCGGGAUUUUGAAGGUUUGAAGUAGGGGAAAGAAAAGAAAAAUGGCAGGAGGAGGAGGGGGAGGACCUGCACCACCACCAAAACAAGAAGAGUUACAGCCGCAUCCAGUCAGGGAUCAGCUACCUAACAUUGCCUAUUGCAUUACUAGUCCUCCUCCUUGGCCUGAGGCUAUAUUAUUGGGUUUUCAACAUUACUUGGUGAUGCUUGGGACAACUGUUCUCAUACCAACCUCUCUAGUUCCCCAGAUGGGAGGUGGAAAUGAAGAGAAGGCACAGAUGAUUCAAACAUUGCUAUUUGUGGCUGGGGUAAAUACAUUGUUUCAGACAUUAUUUGGUACCCGUCUACCUGCAGUCAUCGGAGGUUCCUAUACCUAUGUGCCAACGACCAUUUCUAUUAUUUUGGCCAGCCGGUAUAGUGACAUUGUGAAUCCUCAGGAGAAAUUUGAGAAGAUAAUGCGAGCAAUCCAGGGUGCCCUUAUUGUUGCCUCAACUCUUCAGAUUGUUGUUGGAUUUAGUGGCCUUUGGCGUAAUGUUGCUAGGUUCUUAAGUCCUCUGUCUGCCGUUCCCCUGGUUGCUCUGUCUGGCUUUGGACUCUAUGAAUUCGGUUUUCCCGUGCUUGCCAAAUGCAUAGAGAUUGGGCUACCACUGAUCAUCCUUCUCUUAAUAUUUUCACAGUAUAUACCUCAUAUUAUACAUGGGGAGCGGCAUGUGUUUGAUCGCUUUGCUGUCAUAUUCUCAGUUGUGAUUGUCUGGAUUUAUGCUCACCUGCUCACUGUUGGUGGGGCAUACAAGAACACAGGACCUAAAACUCAAAUAAGCUGCCGAACCGAUCGAGCUGGGAUUAUAGGUGCUGCUCCUUGGAUAAGAGUUCCAUAUCCUUUUCAAUGGGGAGCUCCGUCAUUUGAUGCUGGGGAAGCUUUUGCUAUGAUGGCAGCUUCAUUUGUUGCUCUAGUAGAGUCUACCGGUGCCUUCCUUGCCGUUUCAAGAUAUGCAAGUGCGACUCCGCUGCCCCCUUCCAUUCUUAGCCGAGGUAUUGGUUGGCAGGGUGUUGGCAUUCUCUUUUCUGGGAUAUUUGGAACUGGAAAUGGAUCAUCUGUUUCCGUUGAGAACGCUGGUUUGUUGGCACUGACACGAGUUGGCAGUCGAAGAGUUGUCCAGAUAUCUGCAGGGUUCAUGAUUUUCUUCUCCAUCCUUGGAAAAUUUGGAGCUGUGUUCGCAUCAAUUCCACCACCAAUUAUUGCAGCUUUAUAUUGUCUUUUCUUUGCAUAUGUGGGUUCAGCGGGUCUAGGCUUGCUUCAAUUCUGUAAUUUAAACAGCUUCAGAAUAAAGUUUAUACUAGGUUUCUCUAUUUUCAUGGGCUUGUCCAUACCACAGUACUUCAACGAGUACACAGCAGUUAAUGGUUAUGGUCCAGUUCACACUGGAGCGAGAUGGUUCAAUGACAUGUUAAACGUGCCUUUCUCAUCUGAAGCAUUUGUUGCUGGUUUAUUGGCGAUGUUUCUUGAUGUCACAUUGCAUGGGAAAGACAAUACCUCUAGGAAGGAUCGUGGCAUGCACUGGUGGGACAGGUUCCGAUCAUACAAAACUGAUACAAGAAGUGAGGAGUUCUAUUCCUUGCCAUUCAAUCUCAACAAGUUCUUUCCAUCUGUGUGAGAUCUUGGACAUAAUAGUUUUGAAAUGAUGCUGGAGUCAUGCUCCCCCAAUACCCCAGUGUGGUUCUCACAUUAGAACACAGAUCUUGUCCAUUUUCACUACUUUUUUAACUCUUAUGAAAAACACACGCAUGCGGUGCAAACAAAUAUGUUCAUUGAGUUCUUAUAGUUAUCACCUUAAAUCCCAAAAUGCUGAAUGGUAUUUGAUUAUACAUGAGAGCAGAUUAUUUAGGACCAUCCCGUUUCUUAUAUAUGAUAAUAGUGUAUUUCCCACAUGUCCUGUGCGUGUGUACAUGUGCCUGUGUACGAAUAAUAGCUUUCCUUAUUGCUUGUUCGUGCUGUCUUACAUUGACGCAUGUCUACACUCUACGGUACUGUUGCUUGGUGUCUUGACAAAGCCAGAAAAGUGGAAAUAAUAUUUGGUCCUGAAGAAAAUUAGGCAAUCAUCGAUUCAUCGAGUCCAUGCUUGCA